AUGUCGUCACUAACAUCCAUUGAGCCAGAAGACUCUAACACAAAUCUGGCAUCCAGUGGGUCCAGAUUGGUGGCUUCCAGAGAUGCGGUAAUGGAAACAGAUGCAAUUGUUGAAAUGGAUAAUAGUUCCUCUGAUGAAUCGAACUAUGAUAAAGAUGAGGAAAGGUUUAGUCAAAGGAAUGCUUCUGAACGACGGAAGCUCCAAAAUGUAAAGUUCCAAGCACUACUCUCGAAACGGGCUGAUGCGGAAUCUGUUGAUGAUGUCAAACUCUCAGUCCCGAAUCUACCAGAUGCAGAGCUCUCUACAGCACACUUAGUAGCAAAGCAGGAUCUCGGGAUAGGGCUCUUGGAUCCAAGGGAAUAUCAGGUGGAGCUUUUUGAAAGGGCUAAGUCACAGAAUACUAUUGCUGUUCUCGAUACUGGAUCAGGGAAAACCUUGAUUGCAGUGCUUUUGCUGAAGCAUAUUAUCCAAAAUGAGUUGAUAGAUCGUGCGGAUGGGAAGCCACACCGCAUAUCGUUCUUCUUGGUGGAUAGCGUCACACUUGCAUAUCAACAGGCUGCUGUUUUGCGCAACAGCAUAGACCAAAAUGUUGCACAUUUCUUUGGGGCAAUGGGAGUUGAUCUCUGGAGCAAACAAACUUGGAUCGAGUAUUUCGAAAAGAAUAUGGUCAUAGUCUGUACAGCAGAAAUACUGUACCAAUGCUUGCUCAGCUCCUACAUCAAAAUGGAUCAAAUAAACCUGCUCAUCUUCGAUGAGGCCCAUCAUACAAAAAAAGACCACCCUUAUGCACGGGAGUCGUAUUUCAAGACAGAUCCAUCACAGCGCCCCAGGAUCUUUGGAAUGACGGCGUCACCAAUUGAUACCAAGGGGGAUAUUGUAGAAGCGGCUGUGACACUUGAGAAGCUUUUAGACAGUAAAAUUGCUACAACCUCAAAUCCUACUCUCUUACGACAGGUUGUCAGUCGCCCGAUGGAGAAAGUGUGGACAUACGACAAAUUGGAGAUGCCAUUUGCAACCACAUUAUAUAAAGCUUUGGAGGAUCGUUUCGGUGACAUGGGAUCCUUGGAAAGCACUUUCAGGUUUGCUAGGCAGGCAAGCUCCGAGCUGGGGAGAUGGUGCUCGGAUCGAGUGUGGAUGCAUGCUUUGGCGGAUGAUGUUUUACCGAAGCUCGAAAGCAAUGUUAGCAAACUCCUGUCGGAUAAUUCGGGCCAAAUCCCAGAAUCUGCGUACAAAGAAAUUUUUCGAAUCAAGGAAGCCAGUGAUAUUGUGAAAAAGCAUGUGUUCGGACGCCCUGACCGUCCAGGUGAAUUAAGUCCCAAAGUGCAGCUCCUUUGUGAUGAGCUCAGAAAAUGCUUUGGGUGUCCAAUGGAAACAAAGUGCAUUGUCUUUACAAAGAAACGCUAUACUGCUAAAAUGCUGUUCGAACUUUUCACACAGUUGGAGAUCCCUUCCCUUCGACCUGGAGUCCUCAUUGGCGUACGAUGCAACGAUGCUGCUGGCAUGAAUGUCACCUUCCGACAGCAAUUCCUUGCGGCUACGGGGGCAACACUAACAUACCAUUCCGCCAUCGCUAUUCUUGCGCGCUAUGCCAGCUCCUUGCAAUAUGAGAGAGGCAUUGUAGCUCAAGCCGCUUAUGUUGUUCUUCCUGUGAAUAACACGUUCGUUUGCGAGGUCAUUUUACCUGAAAAGUCGCCUAUCCGAGGAUUUGUAGGAUCACCCGAAGUGAAGAAAUCUACUGCGAAACAAUCUGCAGCCUUUGAUGCCUGCCUCAUGCUUCGGAAACAUAAACUGCUUGACGACUAUUUCAACUCAGUUUAUCACAAGCGCUUACCGGUUAUGAGGAACGCGAAACUAGCAAUUACCUCCAAGCGGACAAACUUGUAUGCCAUGCUAUCAAAACCGUCCCUUUGGGAUAAGCAACUAGGAACUCUUCCGGACCAAAUUUAUGUCACUAUCAUUUCGUUUGUUCCUUCAAAGGAACUCUCUAGGGAACUUGGGCCCUUAGUGCUAUUGACUCGCAAAAGGUUGCCAAAGUUCCCUCCCUUUUCUAUCUUUCUUGAAGAGGACAUAGAAACUAUGGUCCAUUCUGCGUCACAGGAGGAAAGCUUGUUGAUAUCUUUUCAAAACUUGGACUUAUUGACAACGUUCACACUUCGAGUGUUUCAAGAUGUCUUUCACAAAGUCUACGCCAGAGAGACUGAAAAACUACCAUACUGGUUAGCUCCAGCAAGGCUUGAAGAAGGAUCCGCAACGAGUAUUAUUCAAAACAAUCCAAUAGAUUGGAGCACGUUAUCGUUCGUAAGCGAUAAUGAAGAGAUAAUAUUUCCUGCGAGUACAGCUCCGGAGCAUUUGGUCAACCGGUUCGUCUAUGAUAAAUGGGACGGAAGGUAUCGGUACUUCACAGUAGCCAUUGAUGAAGCAUUGUCUCCCUCAAGCCCACCACCAUCUUUCGUGCCGCGACGAAAAAACAUGAAGGACAUCAUGGACUAUACUUUAAGUCUCUCUAAAAACUCACGGGCUGCUUUUCUGUCCAAAUGCAAUUGGAGCCAGCCCGUCUUGCGAGCCGAAUUAGUGCGCCUACGGAGAAACUUCCUGGAUAAAAUGACGGAAAAGGAGAAGAAUGUUGAAACAAGAUGCGUUAUCUGUAUAGAACCGCUAAAGGUUUCUGCGAUUCCGGCUUCAAUUGCAGCAUCUUGCCUUGCUUUCCCGGCAAUUAUAAGCAGGCUGGACGCAUAUUUGAUUGCCCUUGAAGCCUGUGAAAAACUAGAACUAGUUGUUGAUCCAGGAUAUGCUCUGGAGGCAUUUACCAAAGAUUCUGAUAACACAGAGGAGCAUCGAGCCCAGCAAAUUCAUGUCCAAAGAGGUAUGGGCAAGAACUACGAACGUCUCGAGUUCUUGGGUGAUUGUUUCCUCAAGAUGGCUACUUCAAUUUCUCUCUUCACCCAGAAUCCGGAUGAUGACGAGUUCGACUAUCAUGUGAACCGCAUGUGCCUUAUCUGCAAUAAAAAUCUCUUUAAUUCAGCAAACAAAAAGAAGCUUUAUCAGUACAUUCGCAGUCGCAGCUUUUCAAGACACACUUGGUAUCCCGAUAGCCUGGCUCUAUUGCAAGGUAAGGAUCAUAGCAAGAAGGUCUCUGCGGAAGGUAGACAUGCUCUUGGGGAAAAGACGAUCGCAGAUGUCUGCGAGGCGGUGAUAGGUGCAUCACUUCUCUCAGGUGGUGUAGACCAUCGGUUUGACGUUGCUGUCAGAGCAAUGGCAAUGGUAUCCAACAAAUUCCUUGGAGCCUUGGCGGUGAAGCUAGGGCUCCAUACACACCUGAAACAUUUCAGCAACCCCUUGCAGGCACAAAUAACUCACUACGCCGAGGAGAUACAGGCUGCAGAAAGUGAAAGUGAGGGUGCGGUCGAUUAUUGGGUCCCUACUAAAGAUCCACCCAAGUGCCUGCCGGACAUGGUCGAGGCCUACCUGGGAGCUGCAUUUGUCGACUCUAAUUUCUCCUUCGAAGUUGUAGAGGAGUUCUUCCAGCGUCAUAUCAAGCCCUACUUUCAGGACAUGACAAUAUACGACACUUUUGCGAACAAACAUCCCACGACGUUCUUGCACAACAGAUUAACGAAUGAAUAUGAUUGCACAAACUAUUGCUUGAAAGCAGGUGAAAUACCUGGCGUGGACGGAAAUGCCGUCAGCAUUCUGGCCGCCGUAAUUAUACAUGAUACCGUCAUUGCUGAAGGAACAGCAUCUUCAAGUCGUUAUGCUAAAAUCAAGGCAAGCGAGCGAGCGUUGGCAAUCCUGGAUGGCAUUGGUGUGCCUGAGUUUCGCGCGAAAUACCACUGUAACUGCCGAGAGAGCGAUAAUUCUCCGCAAGUGGAUAUCGGAACCGCCAUAUGA